AUGACUGAAUCGGGGUUGCGUGAGUCGGAUGAUAGUGAAAUUGGUGAGGAUGAGUACCAGGUAGAGAGGAUUGUGAAAGUUCGCAUUCGUGGGGGGAAAAAGGAAUAUUUCCUUAAGUGGAAGGGUUACUCUGAAGAAGAGAACACAUGGGAGCCCGAAGAAAAUCUUGAUUGUCCGGACUUAAUUAAAGAUUUUGAGGAGCGUAUGGCGAAGGAGCGUUCUGCAACUACGAGCCCUGCCCGAUCAUCUUAUGGUUCAAACAAAUCAAUCAUGCGCUCUAAGUCUUUAGGCGUCUCGGAAUUACCUAGAAAGCGGGGUCGGUCUUCUCUUAAUGACCAUGAUGAUUCGGCCCCGGAGGCGAAAAAACCAGCUGACGAAACUACAAUUAGUGUCAGCAAAGUGCCGUCAAGGUCCUUACGUGGAUUCGCUCGAGGCCUAGAACCCGAUCGCAUUAUCGGGGCAACAGAUUCCAGUGGAGAGUUGAUGUUCCUCAUUAAAUGGAAAUCUUGUAAUGAGGCCGAUCUGGUUCCGGCACGAGAAGCUAAUCUUAAAUGUCCACAGACAGUUAUUCGAUUCUACGAAGAACGCUUGACUUGGCACACUCCAGAGCCUCGUGCUGAACCGUUUCAAGUCGCUGCAGUACCUGCCUCUUCUACAACCCCACAAGCCACGCAGACUACAGUUACAUCCGUUGACUCCUCUCUCCAUCAGUCUGUGGCUGCAGCAACAGCCACAGAAACUGACUCCGUUUGUGAAUCCGCGGAAGCUUCGAGGCUCUCCACCGAGCAGUCUGCCGGAACGCCUGCCCCGGACUCGUCGGCUGCCCCAUCAGAUCCCGCCGCUGCGGUCUAG